AUGGAACAGGAGGAGGCCCCACCACCGCCUUAUGCCGCCGUUGAUCCAUUAGUUGCCCCGACCAGCAAUAGAAAUAGCAACCAGGCUAAUGCCAAUGGCCCAUCGCGUGCGAAUGUUUCAGGUCCUUCACCGGAGGCAGGUGGCUCCUCCUCGGCAGCCUCCUCCGUUGUCCCAGCCCACUUCGUCUCCGCCGCAGGCUACUUUGAGCAGCGGCCUGCCACAGGGUUGGACGAGAGCCAAGGCCUGCUGGACCAUCAUAUGACGAUAUAUCCUCGCAGUCAAACAAAAGACUUCCCUCGAAGACCUCGUUGCUGGGCGACGCGGAUGAACGAAGUCUUGCAGCAGGACUGGGACACAUUUUUGCGAUAUCUGUUCCCGCCUCAAUUGGGCCUGGCGGCUACGUCCCAAGAUCUCCCGAGACAACUACGGGCGGAGAUCCAGCGAGACCGAAAAGAUCGACCUCAAGAGACGGAUGAGCAACGACGGGCUCGCAUUGCUGUCGUGGUGGACGAAUGGAAUCAGUGUUUCUUUGAGGUACGCGGCACCCGAAUCGUCUUCGUAUAUGUUGGGGAACCCGACGCUGCGCCAUCAUCUGCCCUCUGUCCCCGCUGCUAUCCAGCAGCGACAAAGGCGACUCAGGGAACUGGUGCUGGGGCUGGUGCUGGUGCGGCUACAGAUAGCAGAGCGCAGAAUACUUCCGAGUCUGCAAGUGGCCAGACUACCCCGUCGCCCACAAAUUGGUCUGCUCCGCCGGUCCCCAUGAUGCCGCACCCACCAAUGCCUUUUGGACCGCCGUAUGGGGCUCCCCAAUUUCCUGGUCAUGGUGCACCCUCAAAUCAUCAACUGCCGCAGUACUAUCCAUAUCCACCACCUGGAGCCGCUCCAUGGGGACAGUGGAACGGUUGGGGUUAUCAACAACAACCACAAUAUGGGAAUACUGGUACUAGUAGCGGCAAAGGUGGGUGGCUCUCGGAUCUCACUUCUAAAGCACAGAAGUAUGGCGAGCGUUUGGAACAUUACGGCAACCAAUUCAGUCAACAUGCCAUGAACUAUGGCCGACAAGUGGAGGAGCAAGCUCUCGCACACGGCCGCUGGAUCGAAGAGCAGGCAAGGUUUGGGCGGAAGCAACCCGCAUAUCAAGGCUACCCACCUUCUGGCUACGCUCCAUAUCCAGCUUGGAAUCCCCCAUACACCGGCACAAUAUCAAACCCGGCUACUCCUACAAGCAUCCCUACUAGCAGCCCUACGCCGCCCAGUCAACCAACGUCGCAGCCCACAACCCAACCUGCGCCCCUCUCCAAAGAUGACGAUAAACCUCCCAUUGAACAAACACGCCGCAUAUCCAUAGUAUCCACCUCAUCCGAGUCCUCCCUAAGUUCAAUUGAUUCGCUCUCCACGACCUCGGACCUAAGCGCCUCGGACCUCACCACAGUCCGCACACAACUCCAAUCUCUCGAUGACAGGCACGACCGCAUCUUAUACGACGCAGCCGUCGAUCUCCGACAACAACUAACCACUCUCCAAGAAUCCCGCCGCGAAGCCCGCGCCUCCGGCCGCCGGAACUGGCGCCCAGGUACCCGCCCCCAGCAAACCCAGCCAACAGACAGCAACGACUGGGGCCGGUGGGAAUCUCCUGAGCAACAGCAACGCGCAUCCAUAGACCGUCGCGCCAUGAAGGAGGAGAUGCGCGCCACGCGAAAGGCAUUCCGAGACGUUGUCAAGCGGGCGAGGGAAGAACAGCGUGCCCGCCGGCGCGUGAAGCGCAACCGCCGCCGUCAUGGGCCUGCGCAAGCCGAUGAAAAGGCGAAGGCCAGUGCCAAAGACCAACUGGCUGCUCUGGAUGGCAAAUUGAAAAACGUGUCGCUAGACGAUUCCCCCGCUCCGCCUCUUGCACAGCCUCAACCGCAGCGAUUCCCUGUGCGCUCCGAGACGAGCUCGGAAUUCAACAGGAGUAACCUUCAUACUCCUUCUUCUGCCUCACAGGCUAGCGUACAUGAAACGCCGGCCGAAGUCCCAGAUAAGAAGAAGGGUGGAACCCCGUCUCGUAUAAAGGAUAUUCUCAAACCGCGAUCCAAGAAGCGGGACGAGGAUAAGAAAAAGGACGGAGCCUGA